CCGGUCAUGCUUGCCUUUGGAGCCUUGCCCUUUCCCCUAGACUAGACUCCCCAGCCCCAGAGGCCUCAACACCUACCAGACUAACAUCUCCUUCCUCCCCCUCCGUCUCCUGAGGUGCUCAUGGCCUCGAGCUCAAACCCGGUCAGCAUGGACAUGGACCCGCCCGUCCUCUCCAUCGCCGUCGAGCACGGCCCGCCGGAGUCGCGCCUGGUUCAGCUCGGCGUCAGGUCCUGGCCCAAGUGGGGCUGCCCGACGGGGAAGUUCCCGGUGAAGUUCGACGCGAGGCAGACGUGCUACCUGGUGAAGGGCAAGGUGCGGGCGCACAUCAAGGGGUCGUCCGAGUGCGUGGAGUUCGGCGCCGGCGACCUCGUCGUCUUCCCCAAGGGGCUCAGCUGCACCUGGGACGUCGUCGCCGCCGUCGACAAGUACUACAAGUUCGAUUCGUCCUGACUUCGCCGGUGACUGUUCGCGGUGACUAAUUCGCCUCCUGAUUUAGAUUGGUGACUGUGUUAGCCUCAUUCUCUAGCUAAUUUGCUAGACAUAAUAUCCGUCUCUAUUGGCUUCGUCGUGUGUAGUAGUAGUAGGGAAAAAAAUCGGUGUGAGUGAGGUGAGGUGAGGGGCAUCUAGCCCUCCUGUGUAGUAGUAGGUUCCUAGUUAUUCAGUUGCCCCCCAAAACCGGUCAAUGCAGUGGCCGUUCAAAGUAUUCUUAUUUAUUGCCCAGAGUGCAGUGCAAAUCCGUUUUGAAUGCCUUCUUUGACCA